AUGAUUAUUCCUGUCCGCUGCUUCUCCUGCGGCAAAGUCAUCGGCAACAAGUGGGACAAUUACUUGUCUCUUUUGCAAGCCGAAUACACCGAAGGUGAAGCACUCGAUGCCCUUGGUCUCAAGCGUUACUGCUGCAGACGCAUGGUCCUAACCCAUGUCGACUUGAUUGAGAAGCUGUUGCAUUAUAAU